AGGAGGCGGCGGCGGCGGCGGCGAUCUCGCCGCUCUCUGCGGAGUGUGCCUGCACGAGCCGGCGAGCGGCGCGCGGGCGGCCCGAGGCUCGGCGGCGGCGGCGACGGCGGCGGCGGCGGCGGCGCUGACACCUCCCACCAUGGACAGCUUCGACUUAGCCCUGCUCCAGGAAUGGGACCUCGAGUCGCUGUGUGUCUACGAACCAGAUAGAAACGUGUUACGGAGGAAGGAGCGAGAAAGAAGAAAUCAGGAAACUCAGCAGGAUGAUGGAGCAUUUAAUUCGAGUUACUCCCUCUUUAGUGAACCCUACAAGACUAACAAGGGAGAUGAGCUCUCCAACCGGCUCCAGAACACUUUAGGCAAUUAUGAUGAAAUGAAAGACUUCCUAACGGAUAGAUCGAAUCAGAGUCAUCUCGUCGGCGUUCCCAAACCUGGGGUUCCUCAGGCUCCCAAGAUUGAUGAACAUUUUGUUGCAGAUUCAAGAGCCCAGACCCAGCCCGCAUCUGUCUGCAGCACCGCGUCCUCUGCCCCAACAGCGGUGCCCGGGCAGCAGAGUAAAAGGGGCACCGUGGGCUGGCAGAAGGCCGGGCUCCCGCCACCCGAUGGCCAACAGAGAGCAACACAGCAGGGCUCUCUCAGGACCUUGCUUGGAGAUGGUGUUGGCAGACAGCAGCCGCGGACCAAACAGGUGUGCAACGUCGAGGUGGGUCUUCAGACCCAGGACAGGCCACCUGCUAUGGGAGCCAAGCACAGUGGCAGCAGCCACUGUGUUCAGAACUUUCCUCCGUCCCUGGCCUCAAAACCCAGCCUCGUCCAGCAGAAACCGACCGCCUAUGUGCGGCCAAUGGACGGCCAAGAUCAGGCUCCCGAUGAGUCUCCAAAGCUGAAGUCGUCCACGGAAACCAGCAUGCACUGCACGUCGUACAGGGGAGUCCCAGCCACCAAGCCAGAGUCUGCCAGAGCCAAGGCCAAGCUUUCCAAGUUCAGCAUCCCCAAACAAGGAGAGGAGACUAGAUCUGGAGAAACCAACAGCUGUGUUGAAGAAAUCAUCCGGGAAAUGACCUGGCUUCCACCACUUUCAGCUAUUCCAGCACCUGGCAAAGUGGAACCAAGCAAAUUCCCGUUUCCAAAUAAGGACUCUCAGCUUGCUUCCUCUGGACACAGUAAUCCAAAGAAAGGUGAUGCUGAGCCAGAGAGUCCAGACAAUGGCACAUCGAAUACAUCCUCUCUGGGAUGGUUAUCCCCAUUUACAGAUAAGGGAAAUGAUGCACUGAGAGGAAUGCUAGAAGAUGACCUUAAGCUAAGCAGCGAUGAAGAGGAGAAUGAACAGCAGGCAGCCCAGAGAACGGCUCUCCACGCUCUGUCUGACAGCGCCGGGCUCCAGCAGGCCAAUUGCAGGGCCUCCGCGCCCUCCAGCAAGGGCAGCAGCGGCGGCAGCAGCAGCAGCGGCAGCAGUUCCUCCAGCGACUCGGAGAGCAGCUCGGGAUCUGACUCGGAGACCGAGAGCAGCUCCAGCGAGAGUGAGGGCAGCAAGCCUCCCCACUACUCCAGCCCCGAGGCCGAACCAGCGUCCUCUAACAAGUGGCAGCUGGAUAAAUGGCUAAACAAAGUUAAUCCCCACAAGCCUCCUAUCCUGAUCCAAAAUGAAAGCCACGGGCCGGAGAGCAAUCAGUACUACACCCCGGUGAAGGAGGACGUGCCAGACUGCGGGAAGCUUCCCGAGGUCUGCCCGACCAGCCUGAGAGACAAGGACAUCAAGAGCGCCUGCAAGGAGGAGCAGAGGCCCAGGACCGCGAACAAGGCCCCGGGGAGCAAAGGGGUGAAGCAGAAGUCUCCGCCCGCGGCCGUGGCCGCGGCCGUGACCGCCACUGCCCCGCCGCCCACUGUGCCCGGUGCGCCCGCCGAGAGCGCGCCCGCGCCCGCGCCCGCCCGGAGGUCCGCGGGCAAGAAACCCACCCGGCGCACCGAGAGGACCUCGGCCGGCGACAACGGGCACCGGCCCGAGGAGCCCACGGCCGCCGACGCGCAGGGGGCGAACGCGGGGAUCCCCCUGGAGCCCCCCAAGCCCCGGCCCUGCGGCAACAGCAGGACCAGCCACCGCAAGGAGCUGCGCUCUGCCGUGACCUGCGAGAAGCGCCGCACGCGGGGGCUGAGCCGGAUCGUGCCCAAAUCCAAGGAGUUCAUCGAGACGGAGUCGUCCUCUUCCUCCUCCUCCUCGGACUCGGACCUGGAGUCGGAGCAGGAGGACUACCCUCUGUCCAAGGCCGUGGCCGCCGCUGCUGCCGCCUCCGGGAACGACUCAAGGCUGAAGGAGACCACCAACAGCAUCAGCGGCGGCGGCCCCCGGGCCCCGGUGGGCUCCAUCAACGCCAGGACCACCAGCGACAUCGCCAAGGAGCUGGAGGAGCAGUUCUACACGCUGGUCCCCUUCGGCCGCAACGAACUUCUCUCCCCGUUGAAGGACAGUGACGAGGUCCGGUCACUCUGGGUCAAAAUUGACCUGACCCUCCUGUCCAGGAUCCCAGAACACUUGCCCCAGGAGCCGGGGGUGCUGAGCACGCCCGCGGCCAAGGACGCUGAGAGCGCGCCCCCCAGCCACGCAUCCGACGCACCUGCCGAAAAGGCUUUGCCAAAAUCCAAGAGGAAACGCAAGUGUGACAACGAAGACGACUACAGGGAGAUCAAGAGGGCCCAGGGAGAGAAGGAGAGCUCUUCACGACUGACCGCCUCUGCCAACAGUACUUUAUCUGCAAACCAUUGCAACAUGAACAUCAACAGCUUGGCAAUCCCAAUAAAUAAAAAUGAAAAAAUGCUCCGGUCACCCAUCUCACCCCUCUCUGACGCAUCUAAACACAAAUACUCCGGCGAGGACUUAACUUCCUCCAGCAGAUCCAACAGCAAUGGUUUGUUCACUUCCGCCCCCUCCAACAAAAAGCAUAAGACUGAGAACCAGCUGCAGACCCACACAGGAGACCUCACGAAAGUGGCUCACAGCAAUUCCGAAAACGUUCUCCACAAGUCACGGCCACAGACAGAGCCAUGGUCUCCAGGCUCCAACAGCCACAGGGACUGCAAGAGGCAGAAACUCAUCUUCGAUGACAUGCCACGCAGUGCAGAUUAUUUUAUGCAAGAAGCUAAGCGAAUGAAGCAUAAAGCAGAUGCAAUGGUGGAAAAGUUUGGAAAGGCUCUGAACUAUGCUGAAGCAGCCUUGUCAUUCAUUGAGUGUGGAAAUGCAAUGGAACAGGGCCCAAUGGAAUCCAAAUCUCCUUAUACAAUGUAUUCAGAAACAGUCGAGCUCAUCAGGUAUGCUAUGAGACUGAAAACCCACUCAGGCCCCAAUGCCACACCAGAGGAUAAACAGCUGGCUGCAUUAUGUUACCGAUGCCUGGCUCUCCUGUACUGGCGGAUGUUUCGACUCAAAAGGGAUCAUGCUGUAAAGUAUUCAAAAGCACUUAUCGACUAUUUCAAGAAUUCAUCUAAAGCUGCCCAAGCCCCAUCUCCGUGGGGGGCCAGUGGAAAGAGCACUGGAACCCCAUCCCCCAUGUCUCCCAACCCCUCCCCCACCAGUUCCGUGGGGUCUCAGGGGAGCCUCUCCAAUGGCAACGCCCUGUCCCCUUCAACCAUCGUCAGCAUCCCACAGCGCAUCCACCAGAUGGCAGCCAACCACGUCAGCAUCACCAACAGCAUUCUCCACAGCUAUGACUACUGGGAGAUGGCGGACAACCUGGCCAAGGAGAACAGAGAAUUCUUCAACGACCUGGACCUGCUCAUGGGGCCGGUCACCCUGCACAGCAGCAUGGAGCACCUGGUCCAGUACUCCCAGCAGGGCCUGCACUGGCUGCGGAACAGCGCCCACCUGGCAUAGGGACCCCGCCCUCGAGCUGGAGGGCACUCUCGUCUUCACGGACGGCUCAGCGUUUCUGAACACUGUGCUCCUGAAGUUGGCAGCCACAGCAUUUCUCACACGGCGGUGAAUAUUUUCUCAGCAUCGAACAAUGGUCUUUUCUCCCAGGGCAUGUGUGUGUGUACGUGUGGGUGUAGAAUAAGCUGCCUGUGUAGGUGUAUAAGAUACACAGCUCUUUAGAACAUGUUUUCUUUGUCUAGUUUCCAUAAGCCCAGACUAGACAAAGCGAACAGAUGUCUCUGAUUAGAGAAAACACACUUACACACACACACACACACACACACACACACACACACACUUUCUAGUUCAAAGCUAAACCGUGACUUCUUACAACAUUCAACCAAAAUCUCAUGGGUUAGAGAACCAGGUGCAAUACAGCACACCAAAAGCUUGACUGCCAGUUAAGAGAACCUAGUUCUUAUACUAUUGAUUACUUUCAGUAUUAAUGUACUCUUCCCCAAUUAUUAUUUUUUUUAUUGUGUGUAUUAAUGGGUAAUCGAAUAAUGAAAAUAAGUCAGUUAUUUUUGUGCUGGACGUUUACUAGAUUGCAUGUUACCAAAUACCCUGCCUUUUGUCUGGCACCUGCCCCCUCCAUCCAACUUUCCUAUCAACUAAAUGUGUUAGAAGCAAGUGAAUCGACUCCCAUGGGCCUUCCCCGCCCUGCCCCCCAAAAUAGUAUGACCAUGACACUGAGAUGUGGUAAAACCUCAGUGUCUUUGAAAGCUCAGCAACACAAAAGCAGCAACAACUGCGUUUGGGGGUUCAGUGAGGAAUUGAAAUCUGCUGCACACGCCAGGAGCCCGCCCACACGUGAGUCUCUUCUUCCUGCCACUGUGACCCAGGGGCUGUGGAGCCACAUGGUGUCUGUCAGCCGAUAUUUCUCAAGCCUUUUCCUUCCAUGAUAGCGUUCUUACCAGUUUUCUUGGUCACACGAGGACAUUACCUAGGAUGUCCCUUCACACAGCAUCUGUAUCUGUUGCUUAUCAGGCCAAGAACUAUUUGCUAUCAUGAUUCUAUCUAAUCCUCUCACUCUUUGGAGAAAGUGCCACUGGGGGCCUUGAAUGCAUUUGAUGGGGGGGAGGGGUAUGUGUUUCAGGCUCUGAUUAGCAAGCUGCUUACUCCACAGAAUAAGUUAUCCCUACAGCGAUCACUGUUCUGUCUGGGGUAGCAGCGACCAGAACAUCACGCCUACACCCUGUGCGUCUGGUAUGUUUACGUCUUGCCCUUGAUUCUUUUCUUUCCUUUUUUUUUUCUUUUUUAAAUUGUUUACAUUUUAGUUUUUUUGACAUCUUUGUUUACAGUUUUUGUCUGAAUUUUAUUUCUUUUAUUGUCUCUCGUCAUACCCUAGAUUUAGUCUUCUUGUUAAAUAUAUUUGGAUAUAAAAAUAUUGGUUAAAAAAAAAAAAGAAAAACUCCUGAAAAAAAGAGGAUAUACCUUGCUACACUUUAAAAACAAAGAUAAUGACCUUGAGGCCUCUCACUUGACAAAAUUGCCCCAAGGUGGCCUGAGAAAGACAGGUGAUGUGUGGAAGAAUCCGUUUUUCAAGGUGAUAGUAACACAAAAUGCUUAUAGCAGAUACUGAUGGUCUUAUUGGUUUGGUUGCAAUGUUAACAUUUUUGUCAGCCUGAUCUGUAGAUGGGAAAUAAGAUUGCUGUCAUUCCCUAGCUCUAAGCACUGAUUCAAGACCUUACAAAUGACUGAACAGCUUUGGUGAUUUGAAAUUCAUUUAAAUGAACAAGUGAAGGCUUUGUGAAAUUUGCAUUUGGCAUUGGCCUUCAAGCAUCUGGAAAUAUUAAUAGUACUUCUUUGUUACAUUUAUUAAACUGAGGUGCUUCUGACAUUCCUUUCACUAAUUGUUGUUCCUUUCACUAACUGGGAACCGGAGUUCCCGAUCCCAUUGGGGUCUAACUUAAGAAAUUUGGAUUUUUUUUUUUUUUUUUUGAAGGACCGAGGCUUAGUUGUGCUCACUGUUGCUGAAAUCUGAUGAAAUGUUGAGACUCUCACAUAAAGGGAUGGCCCCCAGGGUCCAUCGUGCAUCCCUGGGGUGCUUUUCUGGUCUUGCCCAGCGUUCAGUCGCAGGCCUCAUGGUGAUGUCCAUGUGACGUGCUCACCUGUGAAACCCGUUUAAGCACACAGGGUGGCCUCUGGCUGAUUGUGCCAGCAGCACUACGUCAGCACUCAGUGACCCACAUUUCCAGCAAAACAUGAAACUGGUCAUUCGGGGGUGGUCACAGCACGCCCCUUCUUCUGUGUCUUUCGUUUCAUCGAUAGAGCAUGUUGGGGCACUGGUUUUUCUUUGCUUUGGCAUCAGUGCUUUUGAU